AUGGCGGACGAAAAACCAUCCACAAUAGCGGCACUCAAGCAGACGCUGCUCUCACUGUCAGUAUCACUGUCGUACUACUGCAUAGGUCUUGUACGAGGCUAUUCGGCUCCGGCAGUGCCAUCCAUGCACGAGCUAAACCCAGCACUACUGCCAACGAAAAACAUCGCCUCUUGGGUCAGCUCCAUUCCCCCGUUCGGAGCCUUCUUCGGUAGUUUGGUGGCGUUCCCGUUGAUGCACAAGAUUGGCCGCAAGUACACGGUCCUGAUCGCAUCGCCCUUGUGGGUCGCAUCCUGGGUGCUGAUAGCAACCGCCAACGACUGGCGUGUCCUGUUCGCGGCCCGCAUGCUUUCCGGGUUCGGUGCUGGACUUUCCCUGCCAGCUGCCCAGGUGUAUGUGAGUGAAUGCAGCGAUCCAAGGAUUCGUGGCGUCAUCGGGUCCUUACCGGCACUCGCCAUGUCCUUCGGCAUACUGGUAAUGUACGUCAUGGGCAAGUUCUUCGACUGGCGGCUGCUAGCGUGGAUCUGCUGCGGGAUGGCUUGCUGCCUCUUCCUAGCCGUGGCCUGUUUUCCACAGAGCCCCGUCUGGUUGAAAACACGGAAGCAGUACGAGAAGGCACACUACUCGGCCAAAUGGCUCCAUCUGCAGGGUUUCUCGUUCGACCCCAAAGCUGCCUCGGUGGCGAUCGGAUCGCAGGGCAAGCGGCCUUCUUGCGACAUUCCCAAGCCCUUCUCGAAGGAAGCACUGCUGAGGCGAGAGAUACUUAUCCCGCUCGGUAUCGGUCUAGUAUUGCUGUCGAUCCAGCAGCUCAGCGGCAUCGACGCCGUCAUCUUUUUCACGGUAGAAAUCUUCCGUUCAGCUGGCACCUCGAUGGAUGGACAUCUGGCAACGAUCAUCGUAGGAACGGUACAGGUAGCCAGUAACAGUGCCGCAUUGUUUGUGGUGGAUCGCGCCGGUCGCAAGCCGCUACUAAUCGUUUCGGGGUUAAUUAUGUGCAUGGCGAUGGCGUCCAUGGGAGCCGCUUUCCAUCUAAACUCGAUUGGCAACACUUGCUUCGGGUUUCUGCCAGUCAUCAGCUUGAUCGUGUUCAUGAUCGGAUUCUCGAUCGGAUUCGGAAGCAUACCGUUCCUGCUGAUGGGUGAACUCUUCCCAACUGCCCAGCGAAGUCUGCUCAGCUCCCUCGCUGGAUCCUUCAAUCUGGCCAUGAUGUUUACUGUGAUUAAAACCUACCACCCGCUCGAAGACCUCAUCACCACAUCCGGGACGUUCCUGAUGUACAGUGUGCUCUGUGCGUUGGGUGUCGUGUUCGUUAUUACGUGCGUUCCAGAGACAAAAGGUCGUGAACUGGAGAGCAUCCAGAAGCUGUUCGAGCGUCGGCCACAUGCUUCGGUUCAGCAGCACGAACUGGGAGGUGAGAAAACGAGCCAUGACAAUCCCGUCUUCACCGCUACCGACGAGAUAGUGCACCAUCACGAAAAAUCAAUCGAUACGAAGCUGUAG